AUGGGACUACCUGCUUUGGAAUUUAGUGACUGCUGCUUGGACAGCCCCCAGUUCCGAGAGAGGCUGAAAUCUCAUGAAGCUGAGCUGGACAAGACCAACAAAUUCAUCAAGGAACUGAUCAAAGAUGGGAAGUCGCUCAUUGCAGCACUCAAGAAUCUGUCUUCAGCAAAGCGGAAGUUUGCAGAUUCUCUAAAUGAGUUUAAAUUCCGAUGUAUAGGAGAUGCAGAAACAGAUGAUGAAAUAUGCAUAGCAAAAUCCCUUCAAGAAUUUGCCACUGUUCUCCGGAAUCUCGAAGAUGAGCGAAUGCGCAUGAUUGAGAAUGCUGGUGAGGUCCUGAUCACUCCACUGGAGAAAUUCCGCAAGGAGCAAAUUGGUGCUGCUAAGGAUGCCAAGAAGAAGUACGACAAGGAGACGGAGAAGUAUUGUGGUGUCUUGGAAAAGCACUUAAACUUGUCUUCUAAGAAGAAAGAAUCCCAACUUCAAGAAGCAGACAGCCAGGUGGACCUGGUUCGACAGCAUUUUUAUGAAGUCUCCCUUGAGUAUGUCUUCAAGGUGCAAGAAGUCCAGGAGAGGAAGAUGUUUGAAUUUGUGGAACCGCUGCUGGCGUUCCUGCAAGGGCUCUUCACGUUCUACCAUCAUGGCUAUGAACUCGCAAAGGACUUCAGCGACUUCAAGACAGAGCUGACAAUCAGCAUACAGAAUACAAGAAAUCGUUUUGAAGGAACCCGGUCGGAGGUUGAGUCCUUGAUGAGGAAGAUGAAGGAGAAUCCCGACGAGCACAGGAACAUGAGCCCUUUCACAAUGGAGGGCUAUCUCUAUGUCCAGGAGAAACGUCACUUUGGAACCUCUUGGGUGAAGCAUUACUGCACGUAUCAGAGGGACUCUAAACGAAUCACUAUGGUACCAUUUGACCAGAAAUCUGGAGGAAAAGGGGGAGAAGAUGAAGCAGUCACACUCAAAUCCUGCAUACGCCGGAAAACUGACUCGAUAGAGAAGAGGUUUUGCUUCGAUGUGGAAGCAGUGGAUCGGCCUGGUGUGAUCACCAUGCAAGCACUUUCUGAAGAGGACCGAAAGCUUUGGAUGGAGGCUAUGGAUGGCCGGGAACCGGUCUACAACUCGAACAAAGACAAUCAAAGUGAAGGCACUGCCCAGUUGGAUAAUAUCGGAUUCAGCAUUAUCAGGAAAUGCAUAAAUGCUGUCGAAACAAGAGGGAUCAAUGAGCAAGGGCUCUACCGAAUUGUUGGAGUAAACUCCAGAGUUCAAAAGCUAUUGAGUAUCUUAAUGGAUCCCAAAACAGCCUCUGAAACAGAAACGGACAUCUGUGCUGAGUGGGAGAUAAAGACUAUCACCAGUGCACUGAAAACUUACUUGAGAAUGCUCCCUGGACCGCUCAUGAUGUACCAGUUUCAAAGAAGCUUCAUCAAAGCAGCAAAGCUGGAGAAUCAAGAGUCCAGAAUCUCAGAGAUCCACAACCUUGUUCAUCGGCUCCCAGAAAAAAACAGACAGAUGCUGCAGAUGCUCACGAACCACUUGGCAAACGUUGCUAAUAAUCACAAACAGAAUCUAAUGACUGUUGCUAAUCUGGGUGUGGUAUUUGGACCAACGCUGCUUCGACCACAAGAAGAAACUGUUGCAGCGAUUAUGGACAUCAAGUUUCAGAAUAUUGUGGUUGAGAUUUUAAUAGAAAACCAUGAAAAGAUAUUUAACACUGUACCGGAGACGCUACCACCAAACUCGCAGCUGCUGCUAAUAUCUCAUAAGAAGAAUACUGAGUCAAAGCCUCCUUCCUGCAGCGAGAGACCAUUAACACUCUUCCACACGGCACAGGCCAAUGAAAACCAGGAGACAAGGAACAGUAUCAUCAACUCCAGCUUGGAAUCUGUCAUCUCUUCAAACGUCAACAGCUUCCUCCACUCCAACAGCACUCUCCGACCCAACCUGAACUCAAGUGACCCUGACCUAGAAGUAAUUAAACCUAGUCGGCCAAACUCACUCUCACCAUGCCGGAAAGCCAGAGCCUUGUAUGCUUGCAAAGCAGAACAUGACUCAGAGCUCUCCUUCACAGCAGGCAUCAUAUUCGAUAAUGUUCAUCCGUCUCAGGAGCCUGGCUGGUUGGAAGGAACCCUGAAUGGGAAGACAGGACUAAUCCCUGAAAACUACGUGGAGUUCCUAUAACUUUGGGCACAGAAGCAACACUGCUGAGCUUUACAUGGUAUCCAUGACAACUGCUGAUUAGAGUGUUGUAGAUCAUUUGCUCUUUGCCACUGUGAAAUGCAGGGUGAAGGACUUUCCGAUUCCUAUUGAAAUUAAUGUUUAUACGAAUGAUAAUGUAUAUGUCUCCUUCGGUGAUCUAUUGUGGUGUGUGCAAAUAUACUGCAGAAGGGGCGGUCAGAGGCUCCGUGGAGGUCAUUCAACUCUUCCAACUUCUAGUAAAGGCGUAUGAUUCCUACAGCCACUGCUCCCACAUUCUCAACUUUGUUCCUUUUGUUGAGCCAUUGUAUCAAUGAAAGGAGAAAUGGCGAAAUGCAGGAGCUUAAAAAGGCACAUUAAUACCCAUUUCAGGGCCCUAUUCUGCAAACCCUUGAUUUGAACUAGUAGACCCACUGACAUCAACCUUGACUUCAGUGGAACUGCUUAUGUGAGUACUAUUAGCACAAAUCCAGGGUAUGUAGAUUGGACCUUAAGCCACCAUUUCACAAUGUGGGAAGGAGAUUAUAUGGGAGAGAGGAGGCUGUUGCCAUUUCUUCCUCACAAAUUCUCCCCUCCUUGUUGAAUCAGCCAAAAUUAAUCUCUUAUUAGCUAACAGCAAAGCAAUCUCUCUCUCAUAUAGCUGUGAGGAGGGGAGAGGUUAAGGUACUGUUUACAUACGUCAAACCACUAACCAUUUCUGCAGCAGUAGUUUACACAGCCCUGAGCCAUCUUGACGGGAUUCAGUCCAGUCUCGACAAACGCAACACACCAUACCCUGGAGCUGACGAUAGCCCUACUUACUUAGUAUUAUAUUUUUUUUAAAUGCCAUUGUUUUCUGAUGGUGCAAGCAAAAACAAAAGAAGUUGAAUGAUUCUCUGUGGGGUGAGCGCAAGAUCAGCUGUGAAUUUUCAGCGCUCUGAUGAGCAUCAGCACAAUGGCGGAGAGAAUAUUUUGGACCAAACCUUUCAUAACUUUUUUUUUUUUUAGAUUUAGAUUUAUGCUGGGUAAACAUCUGUGAUCUGUGCAGCCGGCAUUUCCUUCCUGGAAGGCAAGAUGCAGCUCAUGAUAAAUACCACUUGUUUUGUGUGACUUGCUGAUUCGUAUCAUCACUUACCAGUGCACAUUGUAGAGAGAGGAAUCCAUGCUUACUGAAUGCCCGGGCCACUCUUACAUCAAUUUUGAUUACAUUUGCCACUCACUGCAGUUGCUUUUAUAGAUGGCGUCUUUGCUUGCAGCCUAGCAUAUAGUCUGGUGAUGCCAAGUCUGUGCAGUACUGAUUAUACAAAGUAAAUCUUUUGUAGCUAUAUAAGCAUUUAUUGUUCAUGUAGCCUGUUGAAAUUCUAAGGAAAACAAACAAUUAGUCCUUCCAAUGGUUUUUAUUUCCCCCCUCUGCGCCGCCCUUAGAAAAUCUUGAAGCCUCCUCUGUUGAGUACCCAGUUUGGAUAGAGUCACUCCAGUCUUGUAUUGUUCUCAAGAAAGAUUUUUGCAUAGUCCUUAGCACAGCUCAGAUUAUAUUUAAAAAAAAAAAGAAAGAAAAGAAGAGUCAAACUUUUCUGAUAUUUUGGCAAGUGCUACAACAUUUUAUAGUAGAAAAUCAUGAGAAAAGCUGGCAUCUUGGCAGGAAGAAUUAUUUGUCUAGCUAUCACAUUAUCACGCAGAGAUGGGAUUUAGGGAAUGGAUUUAUUUUCUGUUUUAAUUAUUUUUUAAGAACAUGAGUGCUUGAAUUGCUGUAUGUUUCACUUUUUAUUGUUGGAAAAAAUCAUAUGUAAAUAGAAUAAUUUGAAAUAUUAUGAGGGAAAGUUCUGUUUGAUAUUUGUAGCGGAGCUGUAAUAAGCUAGAUGUUCCCUGGAUAUUUGAAACCAGUUUACAGGGAAAAACACACAGGCACCCAACCUAACCUUUAAACAUGACCUUUUCUUUCAUUUUGUCACCUACUCUGCCAGCCAGCUGGAUUGAGUUUUUGCUCACUUUUUAAUUUCAUUUACAUUAAUUAAACUUUCUAGACUUUGGGUUGGAAGGAGACAAUCUAAUAUAUAUUAUACAUAAAAGAUACGAUAAAUAAUAUGUAUAUGUAUUAUGCCGUCACGCACAUAUGUGUGUG